AUGGACUUCUCCCUGCAAAACCACGAGUCCUUCAUCGGCCGUCCAGCAACAGACCUGCCCACCCCAUCAGUGGUGCUCAGCAAACCCAUCCUGCAACGGAAUAUCGAACAGCUACUCCAGGAUGUUAACGAGCUGGGAAUCUCCUUCCGGCCGCAUGUCAAGACGCUCAAGUCCCUCGAAGUAACGCGCAUGAUGCUCGGCAACGGCACACACCGGAAAAUCGUCGCCUCAACCCUCUGCGAGAUCAGGGGCGCCCUCCCCCUCGCGGAGGAGGGCAUCCUCGACGAAUGUCUCUACGGCCUCCCCAUCUACCCCAGCGCCCUCCCCCACCUCUCAGCCCUCUCAUCGAAACUCAAAAUCGUCCUGAUGGUCGACAAUGAAGCCCAGAUCGACGCCCUCGAGACCUUCGCCCAAUCUGCAGGGCGUACAACCCCCUGGCCCGUCUUCAUCAAGGUUGACGUCGGCUCGCACCGCGCCGGGCUGGAGAGUUCCUCGCCUGCGCUGCGUAACCUCGUGGAAAAGGUGGAGGGCUCGCCUGCGGCGGAGGUGUACGGGUUCUACUGCCACGCGGGGCAUUCGUACGGGUGUCGGACGGCGGAGGCAGCGGCGACGGUGUUGAGGAGUGAGGUGGAGGGUGUUGUUCGUGCGGCGGCGCAUCUAGACAGACAGGGGGAGGGGAGGAAGGUGGUGGUAUCGUUUGGGUCGACGCCGACGGCGCACGUGGUGAAUUCUAUUCGGAGGGCGUUGCCAGAGGGGUUGGAGGUGGAGUUGCAUGCUGGAAACUUCCCCGCCAAUGACCUGCAGCAAGUCUGUACCGGCCUCGUGGCCGAGAACCAGCAGGCGGUCCGCGUGCUGGCGGAGGUGUGCAGCGUGUACCCCGAGCGUAACGAGGCUCUGAUCAACGCGGGGACGGUCGCGCUGACCAAGGAGACAAGCGAAAUGGUGGGCUUUGGGCGGGUGACUGACCAACCUGGGUGGGCGGUUGUGAGGAUGGCGCAGGAGCAUGGGAUUCUGGGGCUGACGGAUGCAUCCUCUGGUCAGAGGGUCGAGGAGGUGUUUCAUGUGGGCCAGAAGGUGAUGCUGUAUAUCCAGCAUGCUUGUAUUACUGCUGCCCAGCAUCAUGUGUAUUAUGUUGUUGAUGAGGGGGAUGUGGUUAGGGAGACCUGGGUGCCGUGGAAAGGGUGGUAG